CGCCACUCCACUGCUACUACUGCUACAAGUCUACUAGAAGUAGGUAGCUUGUUAGAGCCAGAUUGGCAAAGCUUCGGCCGGGCAGCGACAGCGAGCUGAGAACUCGCGCUCCGCGUCGGUCGGCGCGAUCGGCCGGGCGCGUUCGGCCUCGAGGAGAUGGAGCGGGAGUGCCAGCUCGUGGUGGCGCCGCCGCGGCCGCGCCAUGGCCAGUACGAGGAGGGCCCGUUCGCGCACCAGGUGAUGGUGGCCGGGGACAUCGACCCCGCCGGCGCGGGGAGAGGCGGUGGCGGCGGGGAGAGGAAGCGGCGGUUCACGGAGGAGCAGGUGCGGUCGCUGGAGACGACGUUCCACGCGCGGCGCGCCAAGCUGGAGCCCCGGGAGAAGGCGGAGCUGGCGCGGGAGCUGGACCUGCAGCCGCGCCAGGUGGCCAUCUGGUUCCAGAACAAGCGCGCGCGGUGGCGCUCCAAGCAGCUCGAGCACGACUACGCCGCGCUCCGCGCGCAGUACGACGCGCUCCACGCCCGCGUCGAGUCGCUCAGGCAGGAGAAGCUCGCGCUCGCCGCCCAGGUGGACGAGCUGAAGGGGAGGUUGAGCGGGCGGCAAGACCAGGCGAGCGGCAGCAGCUGCGAGGUAAACGGCGGCGCGGAGGCGGCCGACGACAGGAGGAACAGCGCCAGCUGCGUGGCGGAGGACGACGGCGCCGUGACGCCCGCGGUGGCCGCCUCGGAGGAAUCGGCGGCGGCGGCGGCCGAGUACUGCUACGACCACGCCGCGUACGGAGGGGGCCUGCCCGAGCCGUUCUGCACCACCCCGGAGCUGUGGGACACAUGGCCGCUGCUGGAGUGGAACGCGGUUGCAUGAGCAAAGCAACCCCCCACCACCACCAUCACGACGGGGGAGAAUGAAUAUAGCAUCCGUGUACUCUACUCGUGUCUCUGUAGUCUGUAUGAUAGCGUACGCGUGGAUUCAUGUUGCUCUCUAGCUAGCUAUAGCUUGCACUAGCAAGUGAUCGCGGCUGAUGAUGCGGCGAGAGAGAUCGACGGGAUCGGAACAGAACAGAACAGAUAGAAACUGGGCAGACAAGAAUUCUGGACGCCGACGGCCUGGGAGCUUCCAUGCGCUCAUGGCAUUGUACACCAGGGAUCGACGGGUCCUCGGCCGCGUUUUGCAGCGUUUAUUAGGAUUCAUCCAUGUUCGCGAGCGAUCGAGAUUCUUCACAAGUUCAGAGCCCGAUCGGAUGUCGGACGUGGUCCA